CGCCAUUGCGCCGUGCACUGUGGCGGAUGAAACAUGGCUGCUGAUUUGAGAUGUACAGUUGCUCAUGCUGCAGUGGCCUUUGGGCAACCUUGCAAGAGACUUGGUCAUCAAAACCACGAUGGGCCAUACAGGCAGAGGAUCUUCGACGCCUCAAGGCUCCGAAUCCGAUGUCUGCAUUCAUGCGCUACCACGAUGCCGGUGGACGCAGGCUGGAAGACGACUACGAGUUGCAGGACAAAGUCCUUGGCACCGGGAUGUCGGGCAGCGUGCAGCUGGUAGCCAGCACUGUGGAUGGGUCAUACUACGCUCUCAAGACCUAUGACAAAGACAGCAUGAAUCUCAGUCGGUACAAACUGUUGAAGCAAGAGGUAGAAAUUUACCUCAGCGUGGAUCACCCAAACAUAGCACGUCUGAUCGACGUUUACGAAUGGGAUGAAGGAAUUGCACUGAUUAUGGAGUACUGCUCUGGCGGAGAACUACAACAGCGUUGGGAAACUGAAGCCUACGAGGAGCAAGAUGUCAUUGAGGCGACAAAGCAAAUGCUUUAUGCUGUGAACUACUUGCACGCACACAACAUUUGCCACCGGGACCUGAAACUCGAGAAUUUCCUCUACGAAAGUCCCAACAAGAACGCUUCCUUGAAACUCAUUGACUUCGGUUUGUCAAUUGCAUUGGAUGAUGAGGAGAUGACCAUGAAGUCCUCAGUGGGUACCUUGCUCUACUGCAGUCCCGAUGUCAUCUCCGGGAAGGCCUACACCAGCAAAUGUGACUUGUGGAGCCUGGGCGUGAUUGUUUUUAUGUUGCUGAGCGGGCGACCACCCUACGUGACUUCUAUGGGGCAUGAACGCUUGCGUAAAGACAUCAGUCGCGCAAAGGUGCAAUGGGAUCGGCUGCAAGAUAGCAUUUCCCCAGAGGCGAGAGACUUUGUCCAGAAGCUGUUGGUGCUGGAUCCCUCACAACGGAUGGAUGCAGCAUCAGCACUGGAACAUCCAUGGCUGGCAUCCAAGGUGAGAGAGCCUAAUGCAGGUCCUCAUUUGGGAGGUGACGUUCUGGUUGCCUUGAAGCAGUACAUGAAGCAGUCCAAGCUUCAACGUUUGCUUUUGCACCUCUUGGCGCAGGAACUCGGUCCCGAAGAAGCCAAGGAGAUGCGUGAACUUUUUCUCCGGAUUGACUCAGACGAGCGUGGCACCAUCCGCCUUGAUGACCUAAAGGCAGCAAUGAGGCAGAGACAGGCUGCCAAAGGUGGUUUCAUGUCACUCAGAAGGCUCACCUCUCCAAAUCUGAGCCCCAGCAGCAACAAAUCCGAGGAACAGGCUGAACAACUCUUCGAGAUGCUGGAUGCCAAUGGAGACGAAGAAGUUCACUACUCUGACUUUCUCGCUGCCACUGUGAAUGUCCGAGGCAGAUGGCGGCGUGAGACGCUCCGAAAGAUCUUCAACCGAAUUGACCGCGAUGGCAGUGGCACGAUCAGCGUUUCUGAGGUCCAGCGCAUUGUUGCACAGAGCUGUGAGGAUGGUUCCGUGGAGACGUUCCUGAAGGAGUCCAAGGUUGCUCUGAACAGCAGUGGUGAGAUCAGCUUUGAGGCCUUCGUUGAGCUCUUCGAACGCAAAGAUCUCUCCAUCACAGGGUCCCCAUCAAGUCCCAAGGGUGUUCUCAAAGCAUACGCUUGGGAUGAGUCUCCUCGCAGAAGGAUGAAAGCCAAGAUGAAGCGUUUUAGCAGAUCAGAAUCAGAGCCCUUCUAAUUGCUUGUUGAAAAGGUUGACGCUUCUGGGAAGUUUGCGUGGAAGAGGC